AUCAUUAGGAUGAAAUAGUAUGCCCUUUGGCUUCAACCAAUGCGUAAAAUUUGACAACGCCCAUCGAAGAAGGUGUCAAAAUUUGUCUGCUUGUUUUUAUUGAAUUAAACCAUAAACUAAACAUUGGAUAUUUGAGCUUAUCGCUAAUACUUUGUGCUUACCAUUCGUGAGGACCAACUUGUAAAUUAUCGUUCAUUUCAAUUGACGCUAACAAAAGCAAGCUAUAUAAUGAGCCCAUCAUCCAAUUUAUUGUUUGUGCUGGUUCCCAAACCUGUUGAGCAACUAUCCAAACAACUACAGUCAAAAAUGGUCGACCCUAUAGUCCUCAAGACGCUGAUUGAUUUUUCUAUUCGUUACUGGAGAGGUGAAGAGAUACACCACAAUGAAUGGGAGAAUGUUGUGAAAGAAUCAUACUUUCCUCAAACACUUUUGGAGGAGCUCUUCUCUGGAGUACUGAAUGUAGUUUUUGCAGUUUUACGAAUCCCUGAAAAAUUAUUCAAUUCAAAAUUAGUUUGUGAUGAACUAAUCCAGCUAGGAUUCACAAUGGAACAAGCUCAUCACAUCACAAAUCUAAAAACUACUUUGAAGCCUGGUAUAUCAUGUUUUAUGAAGCUUCUUGGUGUUAAGUGGAGAAUAGAUGUCACCAUAUCAACAAGCAAUGUGUGCCGGAUACUGGAACCUUGGAUUUUGAUGGAAUUUAAUUUAAGCUCAGUAGGCCUAAAAACAAUUCAUGUUCCUUUAGCACAAUUUCAUAGUCUACGGUAUCAAGUGGCUUUGUGCUUAACUCAGUUAGAUAAGCUUUCAGUGUAGUAUUCAGGAUUAUGUAGCCUUGUGUGAAAGUGGAAGUCUGGAUGUUUGUUAAACGAAAAUUUACCGAAAACAAAACUGUCUUGUUACCUUGACCAAAUCUGCUUUAUGCAAGCAUAGCAACUCGAAAUUACAUUUGUGUUAAGAUAUU